GUGCCCCGGCAGAGACGCGCCAAAUAAACAAACGUGCCUCAAAAUGACGGUGACCGAGGAGGAGUCCCAAAACAUUCGUAAAUUUGUGUGUUCCCAGCUCCGGGGUGAACCAGAUCUCAGUACUUUGACUAUAGGAGUGUUAAAGCAGCGGUAUUUGGCCCAUGUUUCCUCUGAUUCCUUGAGCUCGGAGGCUAAGCAGUUGCUGAAGGAGAUAGUGAAGGAGGAGCUGGCCAAAAUGCAGGACAAUGAAAACAGCCCUGAGAAGAGUGAGACCAAGACUGCCUCUAAAAGGAAAAGGGAACAUGGGAGUGAGGAGAGUGAAAGUGAAGCAGAUGAUACAUCCAGAGCCAAGAAAUCACGUCAACAGUCACGAUCCUCAUCUGAAUCUGAAGAUAUAAACAGCAAUGCAGCCAGUGACAGUUCUGAGGAUGAUUCUAAGAAAGAAAAGGCUACUGUAAAACAAAAGAAAAAAAAGACGGUGAGCAGUAAGGAUUCUGAUGAUGAAGAGCCAACUGAAUCCCCAAAGAAGAAAAACAGUGCAAAAUCAAAAAGAAAGAAACCUGACGGGAAAAAGAAAGGAUCAGGUAAACAACAGCAUGUCAGCAGUGAUGAGGAGGAAGAACAUAAUGGCCACCAAAACAAGAACUCAAACAAAAAAUCAAAAGUUACAGAAAAGGUUGCAUGCAGUGAUGAAAGCGAUGACCAAAUGGAAGCUGAAACUGCGAAGGAAAAAGGUUUAAAAAAUGAAAGCAGUGACGACUCAGAGAAACGGGAAAGUAAUUCAUCUGAUUCGGAGAGCGAAAAGAAAACUACGCAAAGUACAAAGAUCAGUAAAGAACAAGAUGACGUAAGCAGCAAUAGUUCUGAAGAUGAGGAAGAAAAACAAAGCAAAAGAGCAAAACCUCAAAGCGACAGUGAAGAUGGCUCUGGCUCCGAUCAUUCUGUUAAAAAGGAUAAAAAAGAUAAAUCGUCAGGUGAAAGUAAUAAAGAGAAUGGAUCGAGGAAAGUUGAGGAGCCAGACUCUGAUUCCUCUUCACUCCCCUCUUUGGAAGACGAAACUGACAAUAAAGAAAAAAAGGGAAAGCCUGAGGUGGCCAAGAAAAAGGGCGAAAAGAAGGGAGAGAAAAAAGAGAAGAGAUCAACAGGUGAAAAGGAGGAGCACAAAUCUGUGGUUAGGCUCAAACGCUACAUCGGCCUGUGUGGUGUCAGAAGGAAUUAUAAGAAAAUGCUUGAAAACUGCCGCUCUGUUCGAUCCAUGGUGGAGAGAUUAAACAAAGAGCUGGAAGAUCUUGGAGUAAAAGGCAAGCCUACGAUAGAAAAGUGUAAAAAGGUUCGAAAGAAAAGGGAGAGGGCCCAGGAACUGUCCGAGCUUGAUACCAGCAACAUAAUAACAUCACAAGGUCGACCCAAACGACGCGCUACUUUACCCUGGCAUGAACAGAAAGAGCCUCCAACUUCUUCUUUUCAGCGCACACUGGACUCUGGGUCUGACAGUGACCAGCAACAGUCGCACAAAGGUUCUAGAAAAACAGACUGGAAUAACCUCCAAGGAAUUAUUAGUGACGACGGAGAGAGCGACUAAAAGGAACAAUACACAAACUAAUAAAAUAUUGUAUUGGUAAUGUUUAAAUAUGUAUACUUUUGUAUAUUUUCUAUGUUACAAUGUUUUUAAGACCACUUUGUCAUUUAAAUAAACUGUUUUUGUGUUUCAUGUA